GUAAAUAUAUUAAAUCACUCACGCACUUGGAGACAAAAAGGAAAUAAACUAAUAAUUUGAAAUUUAUUAAUUAUGAUGAAAUAAAAUAUAAUAAAAUGUAAGAAAAUUAAUAUGUAUAUGAGAUGUGAAAUUGUGACUUAACAUUAACUUUGGAAUUGUUUCUGAUAAGCCCACGUUUUAGGUAUUUAAAAAAAAAAAUUCCUAUUAACACAAAUAAACAGAAUUAUCUUUUUCGAAAAUGUCUGAGGAAGAAAUUGAAAAAUGGUCCAGAGAAGGUCGUAGUAAAGAUUUACAUAUGUCUCCGAGCUGCUCCAGUUUUGAAGUGCUGGAUCCACAUGAUCCAGUGAUCAGUCGGCUGGCGACCCAGCUGUUCAGGAAAACCAAUGAUUACCUGCAAUCUGAAAUGGCCUCUGGACAGGAUCUCUACCACUUGCUAGAAGAAAUGAAUAGGCUCACUAUUACCAAAUAUGCUGAUCUCAGAAACUUUGCAGUUACAUUGAACAAAACGCUGAAUGAAUACAACGAUAUGUAUAACCAAAUGAUAAAACCAUUAUUGUUACAAAUAGAUCAGAUAGAUGCACAAGUCUCCCGUUUCGAAGUGAACGCUUACAGAUUGGACGCGUACACGAAACAGCUGAAGGCUGCGUUCAAAGAGCUCGAAGAGAAGUGAAACGUCACGUGUUGAGACGCACCGCGUGUCCAAUGAGACUCGCCUUUGACAGAAUCUGACGAAUGUGUAAGAAAAGUUCAUUGUAGAUUUAUCACUUAGCAAAUGAUAGCUAGUCGUUGACUCAGCAAACGUUGUUUUUGCCCUUACCGAGUCCUUGCAUCUACCGGGUAAAUUUUUUUGGAAUCGGAAUAAAAAACAAUUACAUCUCUCAUGUUGAAUCAAAUGAUACACAUUUGCAAAGAUCCGUCCAAAUCUUAAUAUAUAAAUCACGUAUCACGAUAUUAGUUUGUGUUAGUUUCCGCAAUGUUUCGAGCAAUUUUAUUGAUAUUUUGUAAAUGUGCAUUGCUCGCUCCAACUUAAUAGAUAAGAUAGUUUAUUAUAUCGAUUAGAAAACACGCGUUUAAAAGGACAGUAGGGGCAAAAUAAAUUUUGCUCUAUCGGUUUUUUUAUGGGUGAAAAUGGUAUGGUAACCCCGCCUGCGCUAACGGUAUACGCUUGCGGAGCACCAGUGAAGGGUGAUAGGUGAGAAUGAAAACAGGCCAGUUAGCCCAUCAUGAUGAAUUCAUCAGGAAUUAACCAUGAUAGUUUCCAGGGGGAACCGCGAGGAGGUCGACCUGGUUGGGUAUAUUGCUAGCAAUGGGAUUCUCAGUUUCCUUUACUAACAAUCCCUUUCCCCCUGCUCUGUCGGUUAGUUGAUUAUAAAAAUACUGGCACGAAAUUUAGAUGGUAGUCAAGCGUUUUUAAACUGAGUUGCUACCAUUACUCCUAUAUUAGCAUACCAUCUUCAGUUAGUAUGGUAAAUGAAAAAAGAAACAGUAGAUAGAUAGAUAGAUAGAUAGACAAUUUAUUUACAUUACUUACAGCACACAAAUUACAAUAAAAAAAACAUACACGUAAUACACAGCAAAAGAGACAAGAAUAAAAAUAAAAAAAGCACAAAUAAAAAAAAAAAUACAAAAACUAAAUACAUAAUCUAACAAUCUCCUUUGUUAACAUUCCUUCAUGCGUGUGCCAUAGUAACACAAAAUGGUCACAGCUCAGUUUAUUGCUUUGCCCUUAAAAGAGCAAAACACUGAUAUUCUGCUAUUCUAUUCUUUAUUUAUUAGAUACAUGCAUUUUUGGUUUGGUAACAUUCGUCAUGUUUUGUCAAAUAUGUAGUCUCAGAUAUAUUACUACUGUUAUAUAGAAUGCACUAUUAAUUAACAGGCUCCUAAUUAGAAAUCUGUAAAGUAUAUUAUGUAUAUAUAUAUUCUAUUUUUUUCCCCCACUUGGCAUAUUUGGUAAAUAGUCUUAACAUGUUUUAUUUUUUUUAUAUUAGUCAUUUAAAAAUAAUAUUAGACAAAACUAUAUGAAAUAAUAUAAACACCUUUUUAUUUUACCUAUUUAUUUAUUUGAAUUAAUGAUAAUUUAAUUAAAAUAUAUAAUAAGAUUAUUUGCUAAGUAUAUGAAGUAUAAAAACAGUAAUAAAAUUUAUUAAUAAUUAAUGUAAUUUAUUAAAUAAGUUUUGAAUGUACGAUUGAUUAUACAAAAUUUUUUAAGUAUUAUAAAAUAUUGUAAUUAAGAAUAUUUUACGAUUAGAUAUUAUUAUAUAUCUUCACGCUAUAUCACUGGUAGGUAAAUUAGGUAUAUUCCUAAUUGUUAUAUAAGUAUUUUUGUUUAAAUCUGUUAUUGGCUGCUGCUGAAGGCUAAUGUUUAUAUUAAUGCAUGAAUGAAAAUGGUUUUUAUUAAAGACAUAUACGAUUAUGUAGAAUAAGUAUAAAAAUGCAACAUCACAAGAAUCCAUGUAAUGUAAUAUCAUAAGAACCUAGGUAAUAAAUAUAAAGAAAUAUACAAUUAUAUAGUAUAAGUAGAAAAAUCCGACAUCACAAGAAUGCAUGUAAAGAGGUAUCACAAGAACCCUGGUAAAGGAAGCAAUACCGCUAGUAUCGAGGUAAAGAGGCAUCACAUUUAUUUAAGUAAUGUAACAUCACAAGAACCCUGGUCAAGCAACAUCAUAAGAACCUAGGUAAUAAAUAUAAAGAAUACAUACAAUUAUAUAGAAUAAAUAUAAAAACAUCACAAGAAUCCAUGUAAAGAGGUGUCAUAAGAUCUCGAGUAAAGCAACAUUAUAAAAACCCAAGUAAUACAAUAUUUUAAGAAUCCAGGUAAAGGUUCAUUACAAGAUUCUAGGUAAAACAAUGUCACUAGAACCCGGAUAAAGGAACAAUACAAGAUCCCAUUUAAAACAUAAUCACAAGAAUUCAGAUAAAGAAGCAUCACAAGAACCCAGGUAAAACAAUAUCAUUAGAACCCGGAUAAAGGAACAGUACAAGAUCCCAUUUAAAACAUAAUCACAAGAAUUCAGAUAAAGAAGCAUCACAAGAACCCAGGUAAAACAAUAUCAUUAGAACCCGGAUAAAGGAACAAUACAAGAUCCCAUUUAAAACAUAAUCACAAGAAUUCAGAUAAAGAAGCAUCACAAGAACCCAGUUAAAACAAUAUCACUAAAACCUGGAUAAAGGAACAGUACAAGAUUUCAUUUAAAACAUAAUCACAAGAAUUCAGGUAAAGAGGCAUUACAUGAAUUAAAAUAAAGUAGUAUUAUAAGGAUCCAGAUAAAAAGAAAUUACAAGAACCCAGGUAAAUAAGUAUCACAGUAAUCCAGGUAAAGUAAGUCACAUCACAAGGAUCCAGUUAAAGUAAUGUCCCAAGAAUUUAGGUAAAGCAACAUCACCAGAACACAAGUAAAGAGGCCUUAUAAGAACCCAGGUAAAGGAAGCAACAUCACAUGGACUUAGAUAAAGAGGCAUCACAAGAAACCAGAUGAAGGAAGCAAAGUCAUUUUUAAGCCAUUAUCCGUAUACUGCUGGACAUAAGCCUCUCCCAUAGACUGCCAUAAAGAACGGUCCUGAGCCACCCGCAUCCACUGAUUCCCUGCAACGCAUAUAAUAUGUGCAUGCAGUAGGUUAUAUAUGCAGUUCGUCAGGAACACAAUUUCAUAUAUAUAAGUCGCUCAUGUUUUUAUCACUGCGUAUGUUUAUAUUUUAUAUACUGUAUUUAAGUUUUAUAUAUUUUCAAUAAAAUCAGGUAAU